AUGAGAUUACUGUCUCAGCGAGAGAAGCAGGACUGGGUGGGGAAUGAGAAAAAGGAGGGCAGGAAUGCCAGCCACCUCAAAGCUCCGGGGACAAUGGUACAAGAGCCUGUCUCUCCGGUUACCCCCUGCAGCCUUCCCCAGGCCUGCCUGGAGCAGCCCCUAAGGUCCCGGCAGCCUCCUCAGAAUGGUGAAUCAGGGGUAGUUGUUGGAAAAUGCCUGGAGGAUGUUAAGAGGCUGUAUCUUCUGGUCCCCAGGAAGGAGAGGUGUAGCGGCCCCAGCAUCCACAUUGCGGACUCCAGGGAUGUGAUUUUUCAAUGUUGGUUGCUGACAGGACAGCCAGCUACUGGAGAGAUAUGCUUGCUUCUGAGAGCUUGCAUAACCAAUGCUCACAAACCUGACAAAGGUGGUGAUGGAAAGAUAAGCUUGGGGACACGACCGCAGGAGAGGAGUGGGAACAUGGUAAGCAUCCUUGCAUCCUGCUGGGUGUGGUAUGGACCACGGGGCCCUGGAAAUGGAUUUGAGGCUUCCAACGUGAGUGCAGCCCAACUUCUGCCCAUGUUGGAAACACUCCGGGUCCCUACGGGAACUAGGAGAGAUUGGCCAUCUCUCUCAGUCUUUUCCCAUCUCUCUCUAGAGUCUCGGUCCUCCUGGCUCCUGACCUUCACCCUGCUCUGCCUGCUCUGGCCUCAGGAGGCUGCUGCGUUUCCUGCCAUGCCCUUGUCCAGUCUGUUUGCCAAUGCUGUGCUCCGGGCCCAGCAUCUGCACCAACUGGCUGCUGACACCUACAAAGAGUUUGAGCGUGCCUACAUCCCCGAGGGACAGCGCUAUUCCAUUCAGAAUGCCCAAGCUGCUUUCUGCUUCUCCGAGACCAUCCCAGCCCCCACAGGCAAGGAGGAGGCCCAACAGAGAUCCGACAUGGAAUUGCUUCAUUUCUCGCUGCUGCUCAUCCAGUCAUGGCUGGGACCUGUGCAGUUCCUCAGCAGGAUCUUCACCAACAGCCUGAUGUUUGGCACCUCAGACCGCGUCUACGAGAAACUGAAGGACCUGGAAGAGGGCAUACAGGCGCUGAUGCAGGAGCUGGAAGAUGGCAGCCCCCGCAUUGGGCAGAUCCUCAAGCAAACCUAUGACAAGUUUGACACCAACAUGCGCAGCGAUGAUGCCCUGCUCAAAAACUAUGGGUUACUCUCUUGCUUCAAGAAGGACCUGCACAAGGCUGAGACCUACCUGCGGGUCAUGAAGUGCCGCCGCUUUGUGGAAAGCAGCUGUGCCUUCUAG